AUGGCAAGGCGCAACAUGCCAUGGGGCAACAAUCCAAGGCCCCGGUCUCGAUGCGGUGCCUGCGUAGUCUUAAAUAGAGGAUGCAAUUCACAGUGCAUCUUUGCUCCUUACUUUCAUUAUGAGGAUGGUACUACUCGCUUUGCUGCCAUCCGCGAUGUUUUUACUGUCAGAAAUGUCGUCAACAUCCUAACUCCGCUUCCGGUCAGUGACCAUUUUUGGGCUUCCGAUACACUCCUCUUUGAAGCUCAAGCCCGGCUUCAAGAUCCCGUCUACGGCUAUGUAGCUCACAUUCUUUCCCUUCAGCAGCAGAGAAUGCCCCUUUAUCCUGGUUUCUCAGAGGCUACUCUUCCACCUUUCCUCGGUGAAGCUAGCAGUGGCCAGAUGCCACCCCCAGAUGACAUCGAUGAGCUGGGAGCUGUUGUGUUUGGCAACCGUCGUCCUCACUGA